UUAAAUGCUCCUGUCCCUCUUUCUCUCUCUCUCUCUCUCUCGCUCGCUCUGUCAUUUUCCCUUGCCAUCGACUCCAAAUCGCACUCCUGGUCUUGCUUCUCCCUCACUCCAUCUCUCUCUCUCUCUCUACUGUGAAAAUUUUUUCUGUUCUGUUCUUGUUGGCGGUAGCUAUAUCUCACCGCGACCUCCCUCUCCGGAAUCUCGCCCGCUCCUUCAUUCUUCAUUCUUCAUUCCCCCUCUCUCUCGCGGCAUUGUCAGCGGGCGUGGGGGCGGUGCGUCUCUCCUCGGGUUCGCGCUAGGGUUUCGCGGCGAUCCCGCCGAUGCGCUCGCCUCGCGAUUGAGCUUCCCGCCAGGUCGCAUGGAGAUGGAGCGGCUGAGGUCGGCGAAUCCCGCCAUGACUUUCGACGAGGUCUCCAUGGAGCGCAGCAAGAGCUUCGUCAAGGCCUUGCAGGAGUUGAAGAAUUUGAGGCCUCAGCUCUAUUCGGCUGCGGAGUACUGCGAGAAGUCUUAUCUCAAUAGCGAGCAAAAGCAAAUGGUAUUGGACAACCUGAAAGAUUAUGCUGUGCGAGCCCUGGUCAAUGCUGUCGAUCACCUUGGAACAGUGGCUUAUAAAUUAACUGACCUUAUUGAGCAGCAAUCUUUGGAUAUCACAGUCAUGGAGCUAAAGGUCACCGGUUUUAAUCAGCAACUUCUUACAUGCAAAACAUACUCGGAUAAGGAAGGCCUCCGGCAGCAGCAGUUGUUGGCAAUUAUUCCCCGACAUCACAAGCACUACAUGUUACCAAAUUCUGUCAAUAAGAAAGUGCAUUUUAGUCCACAAAUUCAGAAAGAUGUCAGGCAAAAUCAUUUUCAAGCUAGAUCUCGUCUUCAGCCUUCAGCUACCCCUGCUGCAAAAACACUUUCUUGGCAUUUAGCAUCAGAAACGAAGUCCACGUUGAAAGGAACUCAAAAUGCUUCAGCAAGCACUGAAGAUUCUGCAAAAAAGCCCGAACUCUUUCAUCUGCCAGAUGAUGGCGAGAAUGCUCUGACCAAAUCCUCGGUGGGUCAUCCACAAGUUCUAACAGGAGGUUCUACUUAUGGAGCAAUCCCCCCGUCAGUUGCUGCUGCACGCAGGGAUUCUUGGGAGGGCACCAAACCAUUGUCGACAUUCAGGUCAUUUGAUAAUCCAGAUCGGCGGGAGAUUGUCCGUGCCCCUGCUCGCAGCAAAAGCAUGCUAUCAGCCUUCUUUGUCAAAGCAAAGACGCCUAAGAUGAAGGCCAGUGCUGUAUCAUGAAUCCCAAAUAACACAGACACUAGCCAUCAUCAUUCACGCCUUGUGGUCGAAUCGUUGUAAAUUGCACUCUAGUUUCUUCUUUCUCUGCAAUUAUCCUCUGGAAUGGGAGCGGUUCUUAGAUGACAUGUACCUCUCUAGGAUCUUGAUCUAAACGCUUUAUAGUUAGCUUGUUAAUAACGGGCGAUGCUCGGCUUGAAUGUACGGUCUUCAUUUCGUUCAUUCCUUUUGAAUACUGAUGCGAUAUUCUUUAAUCUUUGGAAAUACC